AUGAGCUCCAUGGCUUCAUCCAGCGCGAGCCGUAGCCGCGCAAGCGCACACUCGCGUAGCUUUUCAUCUUCGGUGUUGACCCACGAAACUUUGCUGUUGAGCAGCGAGGUGAAGGUCGAUGAAAAUGGUUGGGUUCACUCCCCACGACGGGUGGGAGGGCCUACUCUGUGUUCACUCCCGGUCCUAGUUGACCGCGUCAGCGACCAGUACAAUGAACGGACAGGAUUCUACAGCAAUGAGCUUCACAUUCUCACUGAGGCUAAGGCAAUCCUCCGAACUCACGGCAUCACUUCCGAGCAAGUCCUGGCUCUAGGACGACGGUCGUUUACCGACCGGGAACCUGAACCCAUUCCGACCGUGCUCGUUAUGAUGGAUCAUCAGUCAGUUAAUAAUAACUGGCUUAUUGCCGCGAAAGAGAUACAUCGAAAGCUUGUUGGUGAAUUUCGAGGGAUCUCCGUCGAGAUUAUUGAUGAGCGGCUCAAUACGCGGAUGCACUGCUACCCCGUCGAGCGAAGCCAUUCCGUAUUCGAGAAGUGGGAAAGAAUCGCAAAUGCGAUUAUGUACGACGACCUAAUGAACAGGGCAGAGUGGAAUGGAAUCUCAAUAUGGCGGUACGGAUCGAACUCCGACUCGAGUGAGAACCGAGUCACGCUUAUUGUCAACGUCCAAGAGUCUGCCGUGGGUCCUUUUGAAACUUCCAGACAGCGAAUUCAUGAUGUCCUUGCGGCGGAAAGGGAGGAGAACAAUGUGGACAUCCUGUUCCUGGAAGCUUCAUUCGAGCUUUAUGCCCAAACCCCUGGAGUACCAGCGGAUGCUUGCACAAAGGCUCUGAAACCCGGAGUCAGUAUCGGCAUUGUCAACAGUUCUGCCGGGUCCUCGACUCUAGGUGGAAUUGUUAAACUCAGAUUUUCUAAUCGUACCCCCUGGACACCAUAUGCCCUCACAUGCUUCCACUGUGUGUUCGCCCCGGAAGGCCACCGCGCCAAUCUAUUGAAAAUACCUGAUACGGAAAGAGAAUGUAUUGCUGAGAAAGAUGUCAUAUUAACUAUAGCUUUCCAGAAAGUGCUUCAGAAUCCUGUUCAGCCUGGGGAUGAUCCAGCGCAAAAUUUUCUGAGAGUUGAGCAACCUUCAACCGUUGACCUCAACCAGUCUAUCAAAAGUACAGAUGGUGAAAUAAGCGAAAUCAAAUCCGAGAAGUUCAUGGACUGGAAGGUCCAGGCGGAUAAGAUUGCACUCGAUCCAUCCGAUGGUUUUUUGGAUGAACGCGAGAAAGGAAGGUACAAUAAAUCGCAGGUGCAAAUUGCGAAACUUGAAAACAGGAAGGCGAAAUUUCGACGUUACCGGGAUAAAAACGACCUAGGAAGACUAUUCGCGGGUAGUGGCUUUGGCCGAAUCAAAGAUUCACCCAACCGACGAGGGAUUUCAUCCGACCAAAAGAAAAGCUAUAUGGACUGGGCGCUGAUCAAAGUCAACGAGUGGAGAUUUGAUCGAGAGGACGGUAAACUGCAGGGAAACAAGCCCUUCGGAUACUUGGGGACCAAAACAGAUGAUUUCAUGCAGACGGGAAAAUUCGAUGCGGUUUACAACGAAAAAGUAAACGUUCGCAAGUCCGGCCGAUCGACUUGGAUUACCGCGGGCAAAUGCAACGAGCUUUUGACGUACACAUUCAAGCAUGAGCAAUCCCCCGGAGUUCUUGGCGGGCCUCGAGAGACCGUGACACAUGAAUGGACGAUUAAAUCGACGAAUAAUCAACCAUUCGCAGAGCAUGGGGACUCCGGUGCUUUUGUGUAUGGUGCGCAAGGGCAGGUUGUAGGGAUCUUGUUCGGGGGAAUCCCAACUUUGGACGUGGCCUUUAUGUCCGACAUUCGAGACGUUUUCAAAGACAUCAAAGAAGUCACUGGAGCCGAAGACGUUCGAAUCGCUGAUUGGACUGGGCGAUAG